AUGUCAAGUGUUGCAGAACCACAGUCCUACAAGGAGGCAGCAUCUGAUCCUAGAUGGACUGAAGCAAUGGUUGCUGAGAUCAAGGCACUAUGGAUAUUUAAAGUUAACUACAAGGCUAAUGGAGAUGUUGAAAGGUUUAAAGCAAGGCUAGUGGCAAAGGGGUAUAGCCAAAAAGAAGGCAUAGAUUACCAAGAAACCUUUAGUCCUGUUGUCAAAAUAAAGACUGUCAGGACUGUCUUGGCUAUUACUGCACAACAACACUGGCAGAUACAUCAAAUGGAUGUAUUCAAUGCAUUCCUUCAGGGAGAUUUACCAGAUGAAAUCUAUAUGUAG